AUGGGGCAAAUCGGAAAGCCCCAAAGCCGUGCUGAGGGUUCAUGGACCUUACGGGCCUUUACUUUGCCUGGAACACUCUUUGGACGCUUGAAGGAGUCUCGGUCCAAGGAGCUGUUUGAUUCCCUGCCACGACGUCAACUUCUUGGCACUGCCGUCGCUACUGUGCUGGCACCCGCUGGAGUGAAAGCUGAAACGCCAGCGCUGAAGGUGGCUGGGUCUUCAAAGGCAAUGCCUGCCAUUGGCUAUGGCACGUGUUGUCGCCCUGGAGCUAGGGGUGAGGAGUUGGUGGAAGGUGUGAAAGCUUAUCUCUCUGCUGGUGGGAGGCUCAUAGACACUGCGCAGAUCUAUGGAAAUCACGAGGAUAUUGCUGAGGCUAUCCAGCAGAGUGGCGUGGAUCGGGAGCAGCUCUGGGUUACGUCAAAGGUACGAGUUCAGAGCUGCAACAGCCCGGAGGAUGUGGUGAAGGCAGUGGACAGCAGUCUGCAGCAGCUGGACAUUGGCUAUUUGGACUUGAUGCUGCUCCAUGGUGGUGAUGGAUGGGGCAUCGGCCCUGAUCGUGAUGAAGCACUUUGGCGGGGCCUCAUUGCAGCACAGAAGGCUGGAAAAGUGCGAAGUAUCGGUGUGUCGAACCACAACCGAGAAGAGGUGGAGCGUCUCAUUGCCAAAACCAAAGUUGUACCUGCUGUCAACCAGCUCGAAUUUCAUCCUUGGGUGCCAUCCGAAACCAGGGACCUGGUCCGCUGGUGCCAGGAGAAGGGCAUGGUGGUGACUGCAUAUGGCUCCUUAGGUGGCUCCCGCAACAAAGCACAGGGAGAGGUCGUAUCGCAGGUGGCGAACAAUUACGGGAAGACGAAUGCCCAGGUGCUGUUGCGAUGGGCGCUGGACCAGGGUGUGGCAGUGAUCCCAGGAACCAACUCUGCUGAGCACAUCCGAGAGGAUUUGGAUCUCAAUUUCCGCCUUGAUGCAAAAGAUGUGCAGCUCAUAGAGUCCAGUAGCGCGCCUGAGUACUUCACACGCUGGCGCAAUUGCCGAAGUGGUUGUGCCUGA